AUGUGCAGCCUCGCAGUCGCUCAGCUCUCCCAAGUCUGGGAUCUUGCCCGAUUCCUAUUUACCGGAGAAAGUCGCGUGCCCGGAAGUGACAGGAGAAAUCUUUGGACGGUCAUGCUGGAAUCUGUGCCGCAGCUCUACCUCCAGGCGUACAUUCUGUUUGCACUGGGUGCGUAUGGACAAACCUUCAAGGUGAUGUCCGUCUGCAGCUCCGUCUUGUCCCUUGCAGGGUCGUCAGUGAUGGUUUGUGCAGUGUUUUCAGAAGCAACCAGCAUUGGGCCAGCUAGGCUGUCUCGGGUCUGGCCGGGCAAGGUGCUGGCUAUGCUUUUCAUGGCAACGGAUGCCGCUGCCCGCUGCAUGGGCUUUGCAAUGGUUCUGUCCGAGCCCGUCAGGGCCUACGGCUUGCCGACAUGCGUCACAUUCUUCCUCAUUUGCAGCAUCUACCCGCUCUGCUUGCCAAAAAAAGAUCCCGCUAUGGUCCUAACGGUCCCGUACCUAGUUCUGCUCGCAGUACUGCUGACAACAGGGAAGCAGCACUACCGCGAAAGUGGUCUGGAGAUUGUGCAGGCACUCCGGUACAUGGAAAAUCUUCUCUUCGGCAUUCUUGCAGGUGCCUUUGGGCAGACGGCUUGUGGAAACAGUCUCGCCCUGGAGCUAGGAAUCUACUUCGGUAUGUUGGUGGCAAAUGCCGUGGCGCUCAUAUCGCUCCAGUGCUUUGUAGAUGACGAUGGGGAAUUCAGGAGGCCGCGGCAAUCUACCUACAGUCCCCGGCAAAUCGUCUUUGGCCGCCCGAUGGAGAGAAUGCCUGACACGGAGUGA